GAUACCACCCGGUGACGCACGGACCCGACCCCCCCUCAGACUCCUUCCUGUUGGGACCUUCCUGUGAAGACUGGAUAAAAGGCUCCCAGGGUCAUCUAAUUCUAUCUCCUUCUUAUGAAAUAGAAGGUGAAGACUGGAUAAAAAGCUUCCAAGGUCAUCUAAUUAUAUCUCCUUCUUAUGAAAUAGAAGGUAAUCAAUCACAAAUCAGCAAUAAUAGAACUGGACAUAACCUGGGUGAGAUGUCGUCUGCAAAUUCUGGAUAUAGGAAAGAUUUUGAAAAUAAUGAUAAUCUUUCUGUGCACAAAGAAAUUCAGAAAGAUGAUCAGUCAUUUUCUGAAAGAGAGAAAACUUUUAAUGUGAUAUUAAGUGUUGCUAAAAGUCAGAAAACUCAGACAAGAGAGAAGCCAUUUUCAUGUUCAGAAUGUGGGAACUGUUUUCCUCAGAAAUCAAGUCUUGUUAAACAUCUCAAAAUUCACACAGGGGAGAAGCCAUUUUCAUGUUCAGAAUGUGGGAACUGUUUUCGUGAGAAAUCAAGUCUUUUUAAACAUCUCAAAAUUCACACAGGGGAGAAGCCAUUUUCAUGUUCAGAAUGUGGGAACUUUUUUCGUGAGAAAUCAAGUCUUCUUAAACAUCUCAAAAUUCACACAGGGGAGAAGCCAUUUUCAUGUUCAGAAUGUGGGAACUGUUUUCGUCAGAAAACAAAUCUUGUUGAACAUCAGAAAUCUCACACAGGAGAGAAGCCAUUUUCAUGUUCGGAUUGUGGGAAGUGGUUUAGGAGUCAACAUCAUCUUAAGAUACACCUAAUAACUCAUACUGGAGAGAAGCUAUAUUUAUGUUCAGAAUGUGGGAAAUGUUUUAGUCAUAAAUCAACUCUUGUGAAACAUCACAGAAUUCACACAGGAGAGAAUCCAUAUUCAUGUUCAGAAUGUGGGAAGUGUUUUCGUCAGAAAUCGCAUCUUGUUGUACAUCAAAAAACUCACACAGGGGAGAAGCCAUUUUCAUGUUUAGAAUGUGGGAACUGUUAUAGUCGGAAAUCAAAUCUUGUUGACCAUCAGAAAACUCACACAGGAGAGAAGCCAUUUUCAUGUUCAGAAUGUGGGAAGUGGUUUAAGGGUCAACAUCAUCUUAAGAUACACCUGAGAACUCAUACUGGGGAGAAGCUAUUUUCAUGUUCAGAAUGUGGGAAAUAUUUUAGUCAUAAAUCAACUCUUGUGAGACAUCAGAGAAUUCACACAGGAGAGCGGCCAUUUCCAUGUCCAGAAUGUGGGAAAUGUUUUAGUGAUAAAUCAAGUCUUGUGCAACAUCAGAGAAUUCAUACAGGAGAGAAGCCGUUUUCAUGUCCUGAAUGUGAGAAAUGUUUUAAUCAGAAACCACAACUUGAUAUACAUCUGACAAUUCACACAGGAGAGAAGUCAUUUUCAUGUCCUGAAUGUGAAAAGUGGUUUGCUAAGAAAUCAAAUCUUAAUAGACAUCAGAGAAUUCACACAGGAGAGAAGCCGUUUCCAUGUCCGGAAUGUGGGAAAUUUUUUAUUGAUAAAAUAAGUCUUGUGCAACAUCAGAGAAUUCACAAAGGAGAGAAGGGAUUUUCAUGUUCCGAAUGUGAGAAGUGUUUUAGUAAUAAAUCAAUUCUUGAGGUACAUCAGAGAGUUCACACCGGGGUUAAGCCAUUUUCAUGUCCUGAAUGUGGGAAAUAUUUUUAUGCGAAAUCAAAUCUUAAUACACAUCUGAGAACUCACACAGGAGAGAAGCCAUAUUCAUGUACUGAAUGUAGGACGUCCUUUAAAAGUAAAUAUCAUCUUGAGACUCAUCAGAGAAUUCACACAGGAGAGAAGCCAUUUUCAUGUCCAGAAUGUGAGAAGUGUUUUCGUCUGAAAUCAAAUAUUGUUGAACAUCAGAAAACUCACACAGGGGAGAAGCCAUUUUCAUGUCCAGAAUGUGAGAAGUGUUUUAGUCAUAAAUCAAAUCUUGUUCAACAUCAGAAAACUCACACAGGAGAGAAGCCAUAUUCAUGUCCUGAAUGUGGAAAGUGUUUUAGUAAGAAAUCAAGUCUUGAGGCACAUCAGAGAAUUCACACAGGGGAUAAGCCAUUUUCAUGUCCAGAAUGUGAGAAGUGUUUUCGUCAUAAAUCAAAUAUUGUUGAACAUUGGAAAACUCACACAGGAGAGAAACCAUUUUCAUGCACUGAAUCUGGAAAGUGUUUUAGUGAGAAAUCAAGUUUUGUGAAACACCUGAGAAUUCACACAGGAGAGAAGCCUAUUUAAUAUACAGAAUGUGGGAAAUGCUUUGGCUGUAAAUUAAGGGGUUUUCCGGGCUUAUAACCCCUUCAUGUAUUAUGACAUAACUGUACGUCAUAAUGCCUGAGGGUAUGUGUCUGACCUGACAGGGAGCGGAGAUUGCGUUGCGCCCGUCAUUUAACCCCUCAGCUGCCACGAUCAACACAGAUCGCGGCACCUGUGAAUGAAGGCAGAGCGAUGCUGCUCCCUCUGCAUGCUGGCACACAGCGCAGUUCUGACAUGCAUUUAGGAUGCAGUUUUUUAUUGUAGCUAGCUGAAAUUACUUAAAUAAUUCCCUCUAUGCAGAACACAAGGGGUUAACGAGGCUGCCAAACUGGCUAAAUUGAAAACUGCAUCCUGAAUGCAUAUCAACUGCACUUUGUGCCAGUACCCUCUGCCUUCCGAUCGGUUGCCAUGGCAGCCUGGACGCUGCUGAAGCGAUCCAGGCCUGCCAUGGCGUUCUCCAUACUGAGCUAUGUACGAGGCACAGCUCAGAAUGGAGAGAGUAAAAAUCCUAUUCACCCUAAGGGCUCAUGCACACAAACGUAUUUUCUUUCCAUAUCAUUUUUUUUUUUUUUUGUGGACCAUAUGCAGAACCAUUUA